AUGCAUCAAAGAAUUGUUCGACGAAUUUUAUUGGUGUUAUGUUUACUUUUGAUUUAUAAUGAAGUACAAGGGAAAAAAAAGUUAACCAUGUUGGAAGACAUGGAGUUAGAAAAACAACUAAAAUUUUUGAACAAGUCAACAAUCAAAACAGUUAAGACUAAAUUUGGAGAUACAUACGACUGUGUUGAUUUCUAUAAACAACAUGCUUUUGAUCAUCCAUUACUGAUGGACCAUAAUUUUCAUCCUAAGAUGAAACCUACUUUAUCUAAAAUAAAACAAAAUUCAUAUGCCUCAACAACUAGUAGGUUAUCGACAAUAUGGUCAAAUGAUGGAAGUUGUCCUUCUGGAACUGUUCCAAUUAAGAGAACUACAAAGGAUGAUCUUAUAAGACAAAGAGAUAUGCCACCGCCAGAACCUGCCUACUUCGACGACGAAUUUGUAGGCAGUAAUAACAAUAGUGAGCAAAUCAAAACAAGCUACAAUAUGCCUUCUUAUGGAUAUAAGCGUGCAAUAGCUCAAGCCCCAAAAGAUCCAAAUACAAAGUUUACUGGAGCUGGAAUGGCAACUAAUGUGUACAAUCCUCAUGUUGAAGGCAAACAACAUAGUGGUUGUCGAUUAAGAAUUCAAAAAGGAACAGAUAUUUUACAAGUUGGUUGGAGAGUAGAUCCAACACUAUACGGGGAUAAUAAAACGAGACUUUUUAUACAUUAUCAGGCAGGUAAAUUCAAUUGUUUCAAUACAUUAUGUCCGGGCUUCGUACACGUAAACAACAAACUACCUCUUGAUGUCUCAUUGGAGGGAAUUCUUUCGCAACGUGGAGGGCCGAAAUCGGACUUAUUAUUGUACAUUUAUAAGGAUCCAGACGAUGGAAACUGGUGGCUUCUAUUAGGAGAAGACUAUAAACAAAUUGGUUUUUGGCCGAAUAUUAUCUUCAAAGAGUUGACAAAUUUUGCUACAAAUAUAGAGUGGGGAGGAGUUACGUAUAAUCCACCAGGUGUACCUGAACCUCCGAUGGGCUCAAGCUAUUUUCCCGUUGGAAAUUCUAGUUUUGACGGAUUUUGUAGAAGCAUUACAGUUUCAGAUCAGAAAGGAGAUUCGGUUGGAAUAGAUAAUUUAAUUUGGCACACUGAUAAUAUUUUUGCGUACAAGGUUGUAUUUAAAAAUAUUUUGGAAGGUUCAGACUCUUUUACUUAUGUUCUUUAUGGUGGACCUGGUAACAAAGCACAAAUAUAA